AUGGCGCAGCUCAGCGACAUCCAGACUUUGCUGGAUAAUGGCUUCGGGAAGCUGCGGAAGGACCUGAAGGUCGACAUCCUGAAGGAAAUGGGCCAGCUGAUCGACGCCAAAUUCGACGUUCGACUCAAGCAGGAACAGGACGAGCUCAUGGGCGAGAUCUGGAAGCUCCAGGAGAGGACUGCUGCUUUAGAGGCCCGGGCGGACUCAGGCGGCGUUGGGACCAAGCGCGCGCUCAGCGAAGGUCCUGGAUACCGGGCUGCGCGCACCGAUUUUUCCGACAAUGGAUUCCUCGUUUUCAAGGGGCUCCCGUUCCUUAUGUGGUCCAGGGCGUUGGUCAGACACGCGGAGACGGUUUUCCAUCCGCUCUCCCCGAAUUCCCCGCUCCCGCAGAUCCGCGCCGCCAGCAACACCACCCACGUCCGCCUCAUCUUCAACGACUCCGCCUCGGCGAAGACCGUGUUCAUCGACAUCGGCGGCAUGGGGCAGCUGAUCACGAUCUGCACGGUUCAGGAGGACGGCGUUUCCACCCGCGCACACGACAACGGGCUCGACAAG